AUGGAGGCCCACGAUAGAGCAGGCUCCUGGAGCAGCCCGGAGCAGCGCAGGGCUGAUGCCAGCAAGCCUAUCCUGCCUGCCUCGUCCGCCGCAGCAGCGGCGGCCGCGGCAGCAGCACUGGCGCGCAGGCCUUCCACUGCUUCCUCACCCGCCACAGUGGCAGCCGCGCCGGCACCAGCUCCUGCCCCUGCCUCCCAGCAGAAGGGUGAUGCGCCCCCGCCGCCACCUCCGCCGCCCGAGGUCGUUGUGAAGCACCCGCCUGGCGUGCCGCAGGCAGUUGAGACCAGCACCACCGCCAUCAGUCUCAGCUGGCAGCCGUCGGUUUGCGCCAUUCACAGCCAGGUGUCGGUGGCGGUGGAGUAUAUCGUGCACUACGAGCUGCAGAUGCAGCAGGUGGACGACAAGGGGGCGCUGCACUCUGACCGCUGGAGCGCGCAGUACACCGGCACUGCCUCAUUCGUUCAGGUCAAGGGGUUGCGCCCGGGGCGCAGCUAUGCAGCCCGCGUCACGGCAGUGCCGCAGGUCAUCAACAUGCCGGAAGCGGUGGUGGUGGCCUCGCCGCCCUCGGACAUCAUGCUGGUGCAGACGCUCCCCUGCCCGCCGAUGGGCCAGUCCGCGCCGCAGUUGGCAAGUCGGAUGAAGAAGGAGCUCAAGUUCAAGUGGGCUGAGCCAGAGGAGUCUGGCGGCCGGCCCCUGGAGUAUGUGCUGCAAAUGAGCCCUGCGCCCGAGGGCUUUGAGGGCGGCUCGGGUGCCGCCACCCCUGACGGCUUCUACCAGGUGUACCGCGGGCCGGAGCGCGCCUACGUGGCCAAGCGGCUGGUGCCGGGUGUUCAGUACUGCGGCCGUGUCAAGGCCAUUAACUGCGAGGGCGAGAGCGCAUUCAGCCCCCUGGCGGUGUUCUACACGCAAGCGACCGUACCCUCCUGGUCCCCCUCCGAUGCACCCUUUGUGUGGGAUACCACCGCCAGCAGCGUCACGCUGGGUUGGCCCGAGCCUGCCAGCAAUGGCGGCAACGUGACAAGCUACGAGGUGGAAAUGGAUGAUGGCAGUGGCAGCGGCUUCCGCCUUGUGACACGCUCACUGGAGCGCCAGUGCAUUGUACAGGGCCUGCGCAGUGGCAUUUUGUACAAGUUCCGAGAGCCAGACGACGACGGCGGCAGCCCCAUCGUGUACUACCAGGUCGAGGUGCGACCACGCUGCGCCGCAGCGCGCCGCAACCUGGCAGACGACUGGUCGGUUUACUACCAGGGCCCUGAGAAAGCCUGCACUAUUGGUGGGUUGCGGGCCGGCUGCUCCUACAUGGCACGUGUCUUUGCGGUCAGCGAGGCGGGUGCGGGCGCAUUCAGCGCAGCCUCCAUCCUCCACACCGCCCCUAGCACGCCAGGUGGCAGCCCAGUCAGCGCGUACCGCCUGGAGAUGUGCUGCCUGGGGCCCACUGAGGGCCCACACAGUGACAGUGGCAAGGGCAAGGGCAAACUGGACCCACCGUUUGAGCUGGCAUACCUGGGUCCGCAGUGCAAUGCAGUGCUGUCUGGGCUGGAGCCAGGGCACCGCUAUGCGCUGCGCUGCAGUGCCAUCAAUGAGCAGGGCAGCUCCGGCUGGGGCCACACUGCCCAUGUCGAGACGCUGCCCGGCCUGCCCUUCCCAGUGGACUCGAUGCAACUGGUGGCAGCGGCCAGCACCAGCCUGAAGAUGAGCUGGUGCCAGCCUUAUGGCCAGGGGGAUCCAGUGGCUAGCUAUGUGCUGGAAAUGGCCACAGCACUCUCCCUCCCUACCCUGCCAUUAGCGCCGCCACCGCCUCAGCUGCAGCAGCAGCAGCAUGAUGAGACAGCGGCUGUACAGCAGAGCGAUGGGCAGCAGCAGGUGCCGAUUAAUGGGACGCUGGGCGGCGAUGCUGGCGUCCUGGACUCAUACUUCCAGCCGGCCUACCAGGGUGUAGAUUGCUCAUGCGCCGUGAGUGGACUAGAGCCCAGCACAGAGUACACGUUUAGGAUGCGGGCCUACAACAGCGUGGGCAGCAGCGUGAGUGAGCCAAAGACGUUCCGCACCGCGCCUGCGGCGCCCUCCUGCCCGCGCGAUGUCGACCAGCAGGACGCCACACCCUCCAGCUUGCGCAUCAGCUGGCUGCCGCCCGCCAACGACCACGGCGCGCCCAUCACAGGCUAUCAGCUGGAGUGCGCUCGCAGCAGCAGCCGCGGCGCCUCGUCGAUGGCGCACGCCUGGAAACUUGCCCACCAAGCCGGGGGCCUGCAUGCCCAGGUGAAUGACCUGGUGUCAGGGAGCCUGUAUUUGGCGAGGGUUCGCGCCGGCAACGCCUGCGGAUGGGGCCCCUGGUCGGAGCCUCUGCCCUGCUCCACUGCUCCCGACGUCCCCAACGCUCCCGCCGGGCUGGCCGCCAGGGUGGUGGGCACCACGGUGCGUACGAGCUGGGAGGUGGCGGAGGACAAUGGCGCAGCCAUCCAGAUGUACGAGCUGGAGAUGGCGGGCGGCGGCGGACAGUUUACAAUGGUGUUUCGGGGGGAGGGCACGUCGCACCGGGUGCAGCAACUGGAUCCCCAUAGCAGCUACCAGUUCCGCGUGCGUGCAGUGAACACGGUCGGCGCGGGCCCCUUCAGCUCGGUGGUGGCAGUGCAGACCAGCAAAGCGCCGCCUCUGCCGCCCCAGGAGGUGCUGGCAUGGGCUGCAGACCAUGGCUCCAGCCCCAACACCGUGGACAUCAGCUGGGUGCCAGCGCAGCAGGGGACCCAGGAGGCGGUUUGCGUUUCAUACGAGGUCGAGGCAACCACAGGCCCCUCGUCCUUGGCUGUUCGGCAAACCUGCGCUGGUCGCAUCACGCAGAUGGUGCUGACAGGGCUACAGCCAGGGGCCACCUAUUCAGUGAAAGUGCGCGGCGUGGGGGCAGAUGGUGCGGGGCACGGCGCCUGGAGCCACCCACCUGCUAAGCGCCUGGCUGCCGCCUUCGUUUUCCUGGCGGCCAAGGUCGAGGAGGCUUCUCUGAGAACCAACGACAUGCUUAAUGCAGUGGCAGCGCAUGCGGCAGGCGCCACCGCUGGUGACAGUGCAGAACUUGCGCGCUUCCCCUGCUUGGUGGGCGAUGCGUACCAGGCAGCCAAGCGCCAGCUCAUCCAGGACGAGCAGCUGCUGCUGCGCUACCUGCGGUUCGACAUUGGUGCGGACCAGCCGCACCGCCACCUGUACGUGCUGGCACACUGCUGGGGCGCCAGCCUGGGAAAUCUGAGCUAUGACCUCACUGACCAAGAUGUCAUCGACCACUUCAGCCAAGUGGGACCCGUCAAGCACGUCCGCAUCGUGACGGAGCGCGACACAGGAAAGCCACGCGGGUUUGGGUUCAUCGAGUUCUUCGAUAUCCCCACCGCUGAGUCCGCCAUCCGCAAUCUGAGCGGCAAAGAUUUCAAGGGGCGCACGAUAAGGAUAGUGUAUGCCGAGGGCGGCCCUGGCGAGUUCCGGUCUGGCAGGGACUUUGAUGACCAGCGCGGGCCGCCCUCCCGGUUUGAUGACCGCGGGGGACCUGGGGGGCCAGGCCGUCGCCCCAUGCGCGACCGCGUGGUGGGCGGAGACCUCGCCUACCACGCCUCGCACGGCGUGGCCGCGCUGCUGGAUGCGCCGCUGGCACCGGGCGCGCCCGCCGACGCCAUCACGCACCUGCUGGCUCGCCGUUCCCGUGCCGAGCUCUACGACUACCUGGCCCAGAUGAAGGGCCUGCUGCAGCGCAACCCGACGCAGGCGCGGCAGAUCCUGGUGGACAACCCGCAGCUGGCCAAGGCGCUGUUCCAGAUGCAGGUCAUUCUGGGCAUGGUGUCCAACCCGCUGGGCGAUGUGGCUCCCAAGGGCGUUGCGCCGCCAAACCUUAUGCCCCGCCACGAGCCACCACACGGGCAGGGCCCACCGGGGCCGACGCCCAUGGGCGGUCCAGAUGGCAUGAUGAUGGGCGGCCCGGGUGGUCCGCCGCCGCACAUGCAGGGCCCACCGGGGGCUCAUGGCAUGGAGCCACCGCCGCCAAUCAUGGUGGGGGCACCCGUGCAGGGCCCGCCCAUGGGCAUGCCCGGUACCAGCAUGCCACCACAGCAGCAGCCGCCCUACAUGGGUGGCCCAAUGGACCAGCCGCCCAUGGGUCAGCCAUACCAGCCGCCGCCGCAGGGCUAUAUGCCACCCCCUCAGCAGCAGCAGCAGCAGCCCCCGCCUUACAUGGUGCCGCCAGAGGGCAUGCAGGGCGGGCCAGGGUAUGGGCUGCCACCGCAGCAGCCGCCAGUGCAGCCAAGCCAGCCGGUUGAUCCGCGGCGCAUGGCUGUAGCAGGUGGUGUGCCGCCGCGCCCCAUGAUGUCACUGGCCACGCAGCCCCCACCACAGCAGCCGCAGCCGCCGCAGCCGAGCAUGCCAGCCAUGCAGCAGCCACAGCCAGCACCAGGCGGAGGCGCACUGACAGCAGAGCAGCAGCAGGCCCUACUGCAGCAGGUCAUGUCGCUGACCCCGCAGCAGAUAGAGUUGCUGCCGCCACAGCAAAAGGCGCAGGUGUUGGCACUGCAGCAGCAGUUGGGCCACCGCUAA